GGAGGACGGAUCGGAGAGUGCCGAGGCGCACAGACACACAGGAAUCAUGGAGAAAAGAUUACCGCUCAGGACGACUUGGCAAUCUAACGGACUGCGACUUUUGAUAUCUCUCCUCACCUUAUACGGACUUACCGGCCUGAAAACUGACACGAGUCAGACAAACUACCUACAGUAGCAGUUGGAGUGUCGUGUCAGGUAGCAGCAGUAUGUGGAGCAUGUUGAAGAGAAGUCCGGUCAGGGACACGUGUCUGCAUUCAUCAAUACAGUGUCAUGCAUGCCAAGCAUCAGGUGUGAGCAGUAACCAGAUAGUUGUUCCUGAAAAGGUGAACGCAGUGCUGGGGAAGAACAUCACACUGGGCUGCAGAAUAGAAGUGGGCCCCAACCUCAGCUUCACACAGAGCUCCUGGGAGCGUCGACUUCCUUCAGGCACUAUUACCCUGGCAGUGUUCAAUCCUCAAUUUGGAACCUCUUACUCUUCAGAAUAUGUCAAGCGCAUCUCAUUUGUUUCCCCUUCAAUACGAGAUGCCACCAUUACCCUUGAAGGAGUUGACUUUAGAGAUAUUGGGUCCUACACCUGCAAAGUGGCUACAUUUCCUUUGGGCAAUAACCAAGCAUCAACCUACGUUAAUGUAUUAGUGGAGCCAAAGGUGUACGUGUCUGCAGGCCCCACAGCUCUGCUGGACGGCGGCAAUGAGUCACUGGUGGCCACCUGCAUUGCAGAGCGUGGUCGUCCCGCUGCCGAGGUCUUCUGGGAGACGGAGCUGUAUGGGCGAUCUGAGAAGCAAAGUCGGGAUGAGGAAAAUCGCACCACCACCACCGUGCAUGUGCGCUACAUGUGGCAGCCACAGAGCUAUGCCCAGGGGAAGACACUCACCUGUGUGGUGAAACACCCGGCCUUGCAGACAGACUUUCGUAUACCCUACACGCUAAAUGUCCAAUUCGCACCAGUGGUAUCAAUAAAGGGAAGAAGGGAAAAUUGGUACGUUGGCCAAGUAAAUGUGAAAUUAAUCUGUGGAGCCGAGGCCAACCCGCCUGCUCGUCAAUUCACAUGGACCAGGUUGGAUGGUUUGAUCCCUGAGGGUGUUCAGAUCUCAAACAAUAGCCUUGCUUUCACUCGCCCACUGGAGCGCAAUGAUUCUGCCAUCUAUCGCUGCGACGUGACGAAUGACAUUGGAACCAGCAAUCAGGUUGUGAACCUCUGGGUACAAGAUCCUCCCCCCACCACCGCACCCCCCAGUACCACCGCUUCUCUCCUCCACGACACCUCUGGAACCGGCACUGCUGGGGACCAGCAGAAAGCCCCAUUCGCCUCCCCGACCUUGGCAUCCUUACAUGACAGCAGCCUGGGUACUAUAGUUGGUGGGGCAGUGGGAGGAGUUCUCUUCCUGAUCCUCCUGCUGAUCCUUGGUGGAGCUUGUUUUAUGCACCAACGGCGAACCUUCAGAGGAGACUACUAUACCAAACAGUACCUGGGACCCUCCGACAUGCAGAAGGAGUCUCAGCUGGACGUGCUGCAGCCGCAUGAGCUGCAGGAGGUCUAUGGGGACAAAACAAGCAAAGGCAGCCAGGAUCUGAAGCCCAAACUGGGUGGAGAUAUCAUUUACCCCGACUACACACCUGAACGCAAGGACAGGGAUGACUGGGUCGAGAGGGGGGAUGCCAACAGGGGCUUCAAGGAGGGAAACUACUACCCAGAUCACUACAACACCCAAAACAUGCACCCCUGCGGGCCUCCUGUGCACAGCACCAUAGUGAACAACGGCUCCCCCUACCUCCCGGAGGACUGCUAUGACAAUGGUACAGACAGCGACUAUGUGUCUCACAUGGACGGAUCUGUGAUUUCACGCAGGGAGUGGUAUGUUUGAGGAAACUAGCAGAACAAGAAAAAAAUGGACAACUGACUGAGAAUAAUUUAACAAAUGACAGAUACAAAUAUCAUUAAAAGCUGUGUCAUUUCAGUUAAAGGAAAAAAAGAACAUUUCUCAGCUCAGUUUCACAAUGAGCUCUGCCUUGAUUGUAACCACUUAAACCUUAAGGAUGCGUACAUGGAUUGCGUUUCACUUUUGUGGCAUUUCAAGGAGCUGCGAAUAAGCUGGAGCGCCUCAGUGAUAUUUUCUGUAGGUUUAAGAGGCUUCGGCGUACGGUGAAGUUUCAAAUGAUGUGAAUGAGGUUUUCCUGUUUUGUGUUUGCUACCUGUCUUUGUCACAGGUCAUACGUCAGGUGUUCAGACCCUUGUUAGUGAAGUAUUUAUACCGCUGACUGACUGAGUUCUGCUUUCAUAAAAUUCUUUGGCAUUUUUUUUUUCUUCUUCUUUUUAAAUGAUACCUUGAUUGCUUACAGCCUUUUCGUACAGGUGAGAUUUUUAUCAUGGCCGCAACUAGUAUUUAAACCAAAUUAUAUUUUUUCUUUUUUUUUCAAACAAAGUGUGAGUCAGUGAAAGGGAAAGUCAUGUUCAAAAGGGAGAAUUACACGGGCAUUGUAUCAAGGGAAAAAAAGCUGACAUACAUAGAAACUGCCCCAUGCAAAGCUGUCCUGUGGCGUUCGUCAUUUCACAGCAUCUCCUGGAAAAUAGUCGUGAAAUGGAAAACCUGCCACCUGAGCGCAAUCACGCUGUGUAGAUGUAGUUUUACUUUAAGCUUCACUUACUUAAUCUUACAGAUGUCUCUAAUCUUGAAGUUGUUGUUUGUAAAAUGUCAGACCUGUUUGAUUUGGAAACACCCGAGGACUGGAAGUUACAGCAGCUAUGCACAAAGUGUAAAGGGUUUAUCUGUUUAACUGCAUCUAAACUCCACACGAGUGAAGGAUGCAAUGAAUCGUUGAGCUCGGAAAGCUCGACACGCCUGAUGUGGAACAGUAUAAAAUGUUUUUGGUUAAGUUAAUGCGGCUCCAAUACAGCGUAAAGUAAUGAUGAAGGUGACGCUUCAUUACAUGCAUGUAUCUUUAAAUCCCUUCAGUUUAGGUUAGCAGCACAGUAAUGGCACACUAAUAAACACUACUAUAAUUAGUGACUGUAACUACUUUAAAUGGCUACUGCAGAAAAAGUGCUGAUCCGAGGUAGCAUUAAAACAUUUGCUUUGAUAUUAACUUUAUAUUUCUCACUGUAGAAAUGUGUUAAUACAGUCACAUUCAUGCAGUGAAAAGCACAACUCUGUUAUUACAGCCGUGAGCAAACUUCAAAAGGAGCCGCCCGGGCCUCGGCCUUCCCCACUUAGCCAUGAUAACAGGCUGUGUCGCUGUCUUUUCCAUUUUCCCUCCUCAGUAUCCUCUGAUUUCUGUCGGUAAGACCAACACCAAUAGAGGUUUUUUUUUUUUUUUAAACUUCACUUCAAAGUAAUGUGUUAUAAAUACCAGAUGUGACUGUAACGGCUGUCAUCAUCUAACAUUAUGCGGCUCCAUAAAAACCACCAGCAGUUUCACUGCUCCCGCUCGACACUCGUGCUUCAUUAUUGUAAAUAAGCAACAAAUGGAGAAGGAGCGUUAAUAAACUGAUCCUUCAGCUUCAGAUUGGAUCUGUUUGUUUGAAGUGUGAUUAUUUGAGUAGCCUGGAAACGGCGCGGGCAGCUGACGUCACUGCUGUACAGGCCUGAAUGCUGGGGUUUGGCUCCUGUGAGGACACGCAGCGAUCAUGGAGACAGGAAACUUAAUCCGCGUGUUUUAAAAAAAUCAGAACCAUGUAGGUUUAAGCUGUCUCUGCAAUGGCUCCCCAAGGGAAAUAUAUAUAUUUUCUUCUUUUUCCUACAAACAACAAAUCCAGCAAUAUUAGGUUCAAGCUAAAAGUUGACAUCAUCAGUGAUCUCAUCUGUUCCUGCUUGAUUUGACCUCAAACAUUUGUUUCCUCAGGAAUGAUACAUGGAUCAAAGUGGCCUGUGCUAAGCCUCGCAUGAAGGGGAAAACUGACCCUUUUUGGAAAUGCUCCACUUUAGUCAAUCAGGGUGUUUGUAGCCAGAGAAAGGACCGCGUACGUGGAUUACAGUCAGAUCAGGACAGGCGGUCAGGUGUAUUUCGACCUCCUUUCUUAUUGCGGGGUUUUAUAGAUUUUGGGUGCGCUUAAAAAAAAAAAAAAAAACUUCUCCACCCUUGUUUUCUCGUGCCUGAGCUUCAGUUGAAGGUUCAGAUGCCUGAGAAUAAACUAGUUUAAUCUCCUCAGCUCGCUCUCACUCUCAUCGCCAAAACACACGCACCCGCCCGCCACACAUCUGCCACUGCAGCCCACAUUCAAAGAGCAGUCCUCGCCUCAGACUUUAUCCUUUUUAAUUAAGUUUUUUUUCUUCCCCCCCUUCAUCACACUCAGCAACAGAGGUGCCCAGGCUCUCUGAUAUAUAGCACGUCCAAGUCUGCGUGUGCAUUUUGUUUCUUUUUUUAACGGCUGAUGAUUCAUAGCUGUCUGCUUCAGUUUCUUAUUCGGUCUCAGCUUCAUCUCAGAAAGACAAAACGAGCUGGAGUGAUGAAUGUUUUUGUAAAGUUCUUUUUCCUACUAGUUGUUUGCAUGUAGAUGAAAUGAUUCGCUCAUUAUUUCUCAUCACAGAUGUUUAUAUACGUGUACAUAUUGGGAUUAGGUUUAGUGUAGGAUUAGCUGUUCUCUCGGUUUGGUUUAAAUGUUGGUGUACAGUUUGUUCUGGAUUCCCCUACUGAAUAGUUGGUGCCUUAAAUGGGCUGAGCAAUGCACAAGCUUAGGAACUUAAAAAUAUUAAUGUCAUUAAAGAGGUGGACUGACUGGUUCUUUAAUAUGUAUUUCAUAUCCAUAUUUAAGAUUUGCUGUUAUCAAAGUAUUAGAGUUGACAAAAGGUUGAUUGUCAUGCCUUAUACAUUUUAAAAAGGACACUUGUAACAAGUUGGUUACUGAGAAAACUGCAAUAAGCAAAGUUUCACUGGGAAUUUAGUCAAGCCAGAUUCAUAGAAAAUAUUAUUGUCCUGUAAAUAUGCUGGCUUUUUUUAUUAUUAUUGAAGAAUCUUAUUUUUUGUAUGAGGUCUGUAAUUUUCAGAGUAUUAGUUUAACUUCUGAGCGUUCGAACUCUUGUCUCAUGAUAACGUAGACGGCAAUCCUGUUUUCACUGCAUUUUGUAUUUGUUCUUGAGUUUGUGACCAAUUACUUUGUAUGUUGUCAUUUGAAUGAUUGAUGUCUCACAUGAAUCAGAGAUGGAAGUGUGAUAGAUUUCAUUUUGUUCCUUUGUUUGCAAUAAA